AUGCCGACCAGUGGUUGUCCGUGGUGGUCGGCGACCACCACGGAGGAGACGAUCGAAGUGACCGACGUCAAGCCUAAGGAGACGACGGAAGUGAGAACGACUGAGAUUGUCGAGGAGACCGUGGAGGAGACCGAGGUGACGGAGGGCAAGAAGCCCAAGUCAAAGAAGAGUCGCAACCCGAAGCGCAAGCGGAAUGCGGGCUCGACCUAG